CUGUCUCCGAAACGGUAUGGGGAGACUGGAGUUUGGGGGUGCUGCAUACGUCCCUGCACCGGACGGAGUGUGCGAAUAACCUGCACUUGGGCGAAGAGCUGGGCGGGGUAGACUUUAGAAGAUGGACAGGGGUACGGAGUUCUGAAGCCUGGAGUGGCUCCACGCCGCGCCCCUCCCCCGUUUCUCCGCCCUCCAGAUUUCGUUUAAGACCUCUCCCAGUCCUCCGGGACUAAGUCUGGUUUGUACUGGGUCGCUCGAAGGGCAGCGUGACGACCCGGGGUGGAGAGAGAGGAUGCUUAACUCCUUAGAUUCUAGUUCCUCGGGUUUGCGCCCGUUUCCCUUUCUCCUUCGAGCAUACGGGACUUCACACCCCAGGUCCUGAUUCACCACCCAGUUUUCUUUUCCAGUCCUAUAACCUCUGCGGGUCCCUGGCAGGACUUUGGGUCCCUCCUGCUGCGAGCAGCUGAGGGUUAAGGGGGCGGGGCCGCCGCAUUUUUGGGGAGUGAGCGCAUCCUAGCGGCUGCCAGGAGGGGCGCGGGGCAGGGACCUAGCGGAGCCCCGAGCAGGGGCAACAGGUGUUUGGGAGAUUAAGGAUCCAAGUCUUGUUCCCUUGGGCGCCUCUUAAAGCAGAUCCCCGGUGAAAGGAGGCUGAGCGGGGUCCACAGAGCCAGAAGACCAGUGAAGUCAAGAGAAAAAACAAAACAGCUUGGCUGGAAGGGGCUUCGGUGUGGAUGUGAUGGGGACGCCGGGGGAGGGGCUGGGUCGUUGUUCCCAUGCCCUGAUCCGGGGUGUCCCCGAGAGCUUGGCAUCCGGGGAAGGUGCUGGCGCUGGUCUUCCGGCUCUGGACCUGGCUAAAGCUCAAAGGGAGCAUGGAGUACUAGGAGGUAAACUGAGGCAACGACUAGGGCUGCAGCUGCUUGAACUGCCUCCUGAGGAGUCACUGCCGCUGGGACCACUGCUUGGUGACACGGCUGUGAUCCAAGGAGACACGGCCCUAAUCACAAGGCCCUGGAGCCCAGCACGUAGGCCUGAGGUUGAUGGAGUGCGUAAAGCCCUCCAGGACUUGGGACUCCGAAUUGUGGAGAUGGGGGAUGAGAAUGCGACGCUGGACGGCACCGACGUCCUCUUCACCGGCCGGGAGUUUUUCGUAGGCCUCUCCAAGUGGACCAAUCAUCGAGGAGCUGAGAUCGUGGCAGACACGUUCCGGGACUUCGCUGUCUCAACGGUACCGGUCUCAGGCUCCUCGCACCUGCGCGGCCUCUGUGGCAUGGGGGGACCUCGCACCGUGGUGGCUGGAAGCAGCGAGGCUGCCCAAAAAGCAGUCAGGGCAAUGGCAGCGCUGACUGAUCACCCCUACGCCUCUCUGACCCUCCCAGAUGAUGCAGCUAGUGACUGUCUCUUUCUGCGUCCUGGGUUGCCUGGUGCCACACCUUUCCUCCUGCACCGCGGAGGUGGGGACCUGCCCAACAGCCAGGAGGCUCUGCAGAAGCUCUCUGAUGUCACCCUGGUACCUGUGUCCUGCUCAGAACUGGAGAAGGCUGGAGCUGGCCUCAGCUCCCUCUGCCUGGUGCUCAGCACACGCCCCCACUGCUGAGGGCCUGGAUUUGGGGAUCCCACUGGUUAGGAAUAGAGCUGUAUAGUGGGUAGAAUCAGCUAAUAGAGGCUGGGUAGUUGUGGGGAGAUGCCCCAGGAUAGGGAAGGACUUAGUGUGGAAAAGAAUAGAAGCCAUUGGGUGAGUCCUCUCUGUCAAAACCAAUAAAAUAAAAUUGACCUUUUAGAUAA